GAACAUAAGCAUAAUAAAUGUACCCGUUGGAUACCUAUUAUAAACACUGACCGGGUACAUUUUGACACACUCCGGUAUAUUAACACACUCCAGCCGCUGUGACACUUGCAACAUGCCCAACCGAAAGCGGCUUGCCAAGGAUUAUUCAACAAAAAAAUCGAGCCGACAUAGGCCUGACGAUUACUCCGUGUCAAACAAACGAGGACGCCAUGACGACUACCCAACAACUAUCAGUAAAUGUGAUUUGAUACAAUUUAACUAUAUACGAACGGGUGAAAGGGGACUCCGUGGGACAGACCGUCGCCCCGAGGACGACGCGGAUCGAAGGGAUGAUAGAUGGAACUCCCCCAGCAGCAGCAGCAGUAGAGCUAGCCCCUACUCAAGGAAUAGUGAACACGAACGUUACGACUACGGACGUGGCAUGGAGUUUCGACGUUUGGACGAGGUGGUCAGCCAAAAGCCCAUGUCUAGAAAGGAAAUGAAAAGACCGCGUUACCCGAGAAGGUCGGACAGCGUUACAUCAUACUCACCUGGCGUCCACCAAGCAAAAGGAGCAUCACUGUUUAACCUCUCUGUUCGGGAAUUGGUCAGUGAAAUAGUGAAGCGACUGGUCUUAAUGGGAGGGACAGUGAGCAUGGACAAUCUGAAAUCUUCUGUUAGCACUGAUGGCCUUAUCGAAGAGGUCGAGGCAUUGUCUAGCGAUAGAACCUUGGAAGGGUUGUUGAAAGAUUAUAAAGAAACCUUUACUGUGACUGACUUUGGUGGACCUCUGUGGCAGAAUGGUGUGAGGGAAGAAGUUGAUACGACCGUCACCUAUAACUUUAACUUAGAGCUUUGUAAAGUAAAUGGCACUAAACCAGGCAUGUGCAUCGGAAACUGCAAAAACCUACACAUUUGUAAGUUCCAUUUAAUGAGCAAGUGCCAGUCAAUGGGAUGCAAGUAUGGACACGGCGAAGAAGUCGGACAUAAUGAGGAUGUUUUACGCCAUCAUUAUCUGGAUAGACUGAGUCGUGAAGAAGUAACCAAGCAGCUUCUCGGCUUGCAAAACAGACGUGGCCUAACUGUUCCAGAGUUAUGCACAUUCUACAGCACCGCCAAAGGUUGUAACAAGGUUGAAACCUGCACCUUUCUGCACUUGUGUAAGUUCUAUAUCUUGGAUAAGUGUGAGUAUUCUCUUCGCUGUAGACGGCAGCAUGAUUUCUCGGAUCAACACACAGAAAAAGUACUGAGACUGUAUGGAUUAGAAGGCAUAUCAGACAAAAGAAUUAAAGAGUUCUUAAAGCAAGCCUACAGUGAUCCAAACGGGGUGAACAAAUCCAGUCGUCCCGUUAGACCUUCGCUAGAUGGAGCCCCUUGUCCGCGAUGGAUCAUGCAUGGUGAAGGUCGAAAGGCACAUCACUUGCUUGAUACGGAAAUAAGACAGCUAGAGGAGAUGUACCGAGAAUACCUAGAUGUUGUACAGCGCACCAUUACCAUCAAGGGUCAGCCUGUCCAUGUGAAUUUUGCCAAAAUGACAGCGAGACUGGAGGGAAGUCAGUGGGGCCUGCAGCUUAGACGCCUGUCCAAUGAAAUGAUACCACGGUCAUAAGAAAUGCAAUAGUGUCUGUAUGGGUACACCUUGGCCCAUAUUCAUGAAACUGAUCUUAUGCUCAGGUACGGAAUUUGUGCUCAAGCCGAAUUUCUUGAUCCCGUUAUAAAUUCAUAAAAAUAAUGUUCUUUUUUCAAUGAUUUGGAAA